AUGUGCACAGUAUUUUACGAUGAUCGUUUUCAUCUCUAUAUUUGCCUUUUUCAUCUUAACGGACCUCAUCAAGGUCCCUUAGCCCAUCCUGACCGGCAAACUCUAACCUCAAUUGGCCAGCCGUCUGCUCCUCAUUCCCAACUACCUGAUGCUAACAGCUCUGUGACAGUACCAACGGCUUUGAUAUUGACAACGACCGUGCCAAGAACAUCGGUUGUUCGGCAUCCUAGCAAGGCGGACAUUCGGGCCAAGCAACAGAAUGUGUCCAUCACAAGCCAGUUAGCACAGGCCCCAGGUCAACCCUCAUAUCGAGGUCUGCAACUACCAGGACAAAAUACCGGUAAAUCGCAUUUUCGAUUCUUUGGGCUGGAGUCUGUUGUUUAUUCACUGUAUAGUACCAGCCCUCCUCCACUUACAUCGCCAUGGUCACAGAACCUUCAUCUUACCGCUCACCUGCCAUCUAUGGAAGAAACAGUUACAGUUUUUCCUCGGGUACCGCAUUCCCAAACUGGUGGUGGUGCCGUCAAGGAUAAUGUCGCCACAAGCCCAGGUGGCUUUAGUCCUUGGCCUACAGGCCCAAAUGAUUCUACAACUACACGAACUACUGAAGUGCCUCUAUAUUCUUGCGUCCUACCCGAUUUGGUGAUUGCUGCUAUUUUAUCCGAGCGUUUUCUGCUGCCUGACUGCGCCAAUGGCAUAAUCAUAGACGGUCUUGACUGUCUCUUUUCAGCAAGCCAAUCAAGCAUGCUAGCCAUCCUUCUUAGAGUGCUUGGUCGACGACGUUACCUAUUUGCAGUAACUAUGCGUCUUGACUACGUCCGCGGACUGCAGGAGGCACGAAACAAGGCUGCCUCUAGAGCAGAGGCUGAGGCCAACGAAGCUGAUCUCCGUGAGCUCCAAUGGCUUGAAGAGAUGGAGGAGUCUGAGUAUGCUAAUCUGCCUGAAGAGGAAAGGGAAAGAAUUGACCGCCUUUGGCUUUCUAUAAGAAUCGCUCGCUGGGGAGAAGAACUGGAGCUUCGGCGCAGGAAGCAUUGUGAAGAGGAGGAAGCGGCUGCUGAGGAGCGUGAAAGGGAAGCGCGCAAAGCAGAACUUUGUCGUUUAGAGGAAGAGCGGUAUGGUUUUUGA